AUGGAGAAUAUAUUGGAAAAUUACGCCGACGAACGAGUUGUUCUAAUCUGCGACGGUACCUUCAGCACUAGAGCCACUUACAUGUCGGACACUCGUAACCUUGGCGCCCCGCGCCGCUCUAGCGUCUCUUCCAGCACAGACGAAAGUACCCACUCAGAUAUCGACACCAGCUCUGAGGAAACUCCCGGCUUAGAUGCGGAACCAAACUCCGACAACCCUUACAGCUCUGACACAACAACUGGACUGUAUGUCGCUACUGCUCCUAACGUCAAUACUGAAACCAACGUAAAUACUGGUCCGGACACCACUACCCCUGCUGGCGACUCUACCAACACUGACGCCAUUCUUGCUUCUGUCGAAACCCCCGGCUCUGAUGCCAAUAACCCGUCUAAGUGA